AUGUCUACUGGUAGUUCUGACGAAUCGCUGGUGGCCACGCUUGGCUCCAAAUCAAACCUGAAGAAGAUCACUCGCCGCGCCAUUCUCGAUGUCGACCUCCUAAAAGCAUGCGAAACCAUCACCGAGCCAGAGGUGCCUCUGGCGCUGAGGUUGCAAGGCAGCUUGUUGUUCGGUGUUUCUCGCGUGUUCCAGCAACAAUGCGGCUAUGUCUUGACGGACGUAACGAGUCUGAGAGACAGUAUGAGAAGUAGGACUGUCAUGCAGGAGAUGGAGCUGGAUCCCGAGGUGGGCAGGACAAGGCCGGAACAACUCAACCUCGCUGAAGACCCAUACUUCAUGCCAGACAUUGACAUCAACUUCGACCUCUCUGCAUUCGGCUUCUCCUCCGAUAGCUCCAGCCCAUCCCAAAGCGGAUCACCGAUGCUUGCUUUGCGCUCGAGCCAGACUAGUUUGCAUUACGAAGAGGAGUCAGAAGAACUUGGUCUGGACAUUCCUUCCUUGAGCACCCCAGCUGCUGGGCUCGGUGGCUUUGAGAUCCUUUCGGGCAUAGGGACGAGCUCUGCGGCGAAGACUGACAGCCGAGUCGGCCGCCUUCCUUCUAUUUUCGGGGAAGAGCCCGCCAUUAUCGAUGAUCCUGUGUUCGACGUCGACGAUGAUGGCUUUCUCCGCCCGGCCAUGUCGCGUGAUCUUGUCGAGGAGCCCGAGGUGCCAUCCAUCGAAGGGCAACAACCACUGGGGCGCGACACAAGACUUGGCGGCCACCCUGGCACAGAGCAUUUAUCUGCAGUGGAAGUGGACGAGCCAAUGGUCAACUUUGACGACGACAUGGUGAUAUUUGGCGACGGUGAAUCCUUGAUCCUGCCAGCAGCUCCACAGAUUCCUCUGACUCCAGAGCCCGACGUUGAGAAUGCGCAACAAGUUAAACAAGCUAGUUCCUUGUUCGACCCGACAGAAGAGUCCUCUGUGACGGCAGAGGCGGCCCAGCGACCAAGACGAACCACCAAGGCAAUCCAGCCAGAUCGAGAGACAGAGUUGACCAACCGUGACCUCAAUGAGUGGAAUCAGAACUAUCUCGCGAAUAUGGCCUGUAAAGCCAAGGCCAGACAGAGACAAUUUUCAGGUCUUAAAGCAAAGAAGAACGCCGAGUUCUGGAUUCUCCUGCAAGGCCUGGGCAAUGUCGCAUCCACGUUCGGAGCUGAGGGAGACCAGCAUCCACUUGCCAUCUUCACUGGUCAGUCGCUGUGGGAUAUGUUGAGAGGGCCUGAACGGGGAACGAAAAGAUCACGCACUGGCUCCGUAACCGAUGACCAAGAAGAAGAGGGAAGACGGGUUAGAGCAAAGACAACACCGCAGGAAGAAGUCGUACGCGGUACCGAUGGCGAUCUGCACCAGUUUGCUGAUGAAGACGGGCUCAUGCUACUAGGCGACGAAUUUGACAUUGAAGCUGAAGUAGGUCGACAUGCUCCUCCUUCUCUGCCGGAUCAUUCAUCUGGUAUGCCAUGGAACUUGUCUACAGGAGCAUCGCGACAAAGCUCAACCCGCCCCCCUGGUAGCCGCAUCAUACCAAGAUUGAGUUCUAGUGUCGGAGGUCUCCCAGGUGGGAUGGAGCUCGGGUCACUGCCGGCCUUGAGCAGACGAGGAUCGCGUCUCACCUCCGCAAGUCCACUUUUCGGAAGAGGGGUGCCGCCUCUGUCGAAACACAGCAGCCAAGGGCCUGGGGAGCCUUCACGUCUCACGAGCAACGAGGACGAAUUUGUAGAUCUGGACGCCCAGCUCGGUGCGGGUCUCGAUCCGGACUUCGAACUGUAUGGACCUUCCGCAACCGUUGAUACGCAAACGGCAGCGCAAAGUCAAUGGGUCGCCGCAACUUUGGAGAAUGAAGCGUACAAUUUCCUCGCAUUCGUGAACACCAAGGUCCAAGAGAAAGUAGGACUUACCCAUGACCAGGUGGCGGCAGAAGAGAUACCGGAGACGCAAGAGGAAAACAUCACGUUCGACGAACUGCUUCCACCAGCGCGGAACUCGGCUAUUGUGGGUGCUCAGGCGUUGCUUCAUGUGCUAGUGUUAGCCACGAAGGGCUUGUUGGAAGUGUAUCAGGCUGAACAUUUCGGGGAGAUCCAGAUCUCUGUGGUUAGCCAUUAA